UUAGAAAAUAUUGAAGUACCAAUAUGAAUUUAUUAUUUUCAAGCUGCUUUUUAUGUUCUUAAAAUGUUUUAGUCCUUGUAGCUAGAAAUACAGUCGCUUCGUCCUCACAGCGUAGACAUAAAUGCUUUAACUGUACUGGAAACUAUUUUCAUAUUUUGCCUUUUUGUUACCUACCCCCUUCCCUUGUGCAGGUAUAAAAUAUGCAAUGCAAGGGUCAGAAUGACAAUGAAUGGCCGUUUCCGGAUUCCCGAAAAUUAUAGAAUAUGGCUCUGGUUAUGCUUCCAAGUGACCUACCCUGGUGGGAUUCAGUCAAAAGAUUACUAAAAAAAAUUGCAGAAACCAAAAAUUCCUCCGAGUUGAUAGAUAAAAUGCAAAAAAUAUAUGAAAUGUGCAAUGUAAGUUUAGAGCCCGACGAGGAAAGCAUUGAUCCCCACCAGUUUGCAGGCUUCAUGAACUUUUUAGAUAACGAUUUAACAAAUGAAGAAAGAAGUACAUUUUUUUCCAAAACGUUACCCAACUUGGCAACCAGAGCUUUAAAAAUAAAAGAAUGUCGGCCAAAAAACGGCCUACAUUUCAGUUUGCAGCAACAAGCUGACAGUACAGAGUUGGACUACACCUUUGUGUCGUCUUUAGUUGCCAACGCAUUUUUUUCUACAUUUCCUAAAAGAACUGAUAAAACCCAUCCAACGUUACAAAACUUUAAUUUCGCUGAUUUUUUUAAAAGUCUCAAUCACAAUACCCAAAAAUCCAAAUUAAAAAGUUUACUCUACUAUUUUGAAUGGUUGGCGAAUAAUGAAAAUUCUAAUGGCAAAAUGAAGAUUUUGCGGCAAGUUAUGAGUAGUAAAGAAUGGCUAACUAUAGAAGAUUGGGUGGAAUGUAGCUUACCUCUUUGCUCUAUAAAAAUACGACAUGACGGAAAGUUGAAUCGAACAGAAGAAGAUUGCCUUCAAAUAUGCUUCUCAAGUGCCAAAAUAGGAGGCAACGUUUUGGGCAACGGAUUUACUCAGGAAUGUAUUAAUCUAGUGACUGCGCCGGAGUUACUUACAAUACUUUUAAAUGUUGAAGCCUUAGAAGACAACGAAGUACUUACUGUAGAAAACGUAAGGCAUAUUUCCAGAAUGGUAGAUCCCAAACAUAGGGCAUUUUUAGAAAAAUUUGACAGUCCGCGAGAGCUAUCAGUAUGCUGUAUAGAUGCCGAAGAUUACACAAAGUUACCUAUUGGACAAUACGAAGAGGAUAACAUCUUACGGGAAUUGAAUAAGUGCCUACUGGGAUUUCAACAAAAACAGUUAGUUAAAAACGAAAAGGAAACACCAUUUCAUCUACGUAGAAGACUCUCCCCAAUUGGAGAAUCCAUGGGUUCUAAUCAAUCAGACUGCUUAAAUAUACCUUUAAUAACUCAGCAAUCUUGUAGUACUACCCACAGCGGCUCAAUUUCUCCUAUACCAGACAAUAAUAACUUAGUAAACGAUAGACUAUGUGUUCAGUUAGAAAUGGAAAAGAAUCUACAGAAACGAAAUAAAGCCAGUGAUUCAUUGGUACAUGGAAGAAGAGGAAGAUUCAUAGUUCUUGGUUCUUCUGGAGAGUGUCUUCCAAUUACAAGAAAACCGUACGAGGAGGAAAGUAGAAGUGAGUACGACAGUUGUGAGUCGUCAGAAGGGGAGUUCCACAGUGCUAAAACGAGUGUGGACGAUGGUGACGAAGACGAAAACUUCCAUAAACGCUACAGCAUAGACUUAGAAACUCCUGAACGCCGAAAUGUUUUUGCUCAACGACUACGAGACGCCCUGCGCAAAGAAAUAACGACUAGCACGCCAUCUACCAGUGAAGAAUCCAGUUAUGCCGUUGGAAUUUCAGUUACGGGAUCAAAUUUACUAGAUAGGGAUAUAAGGGUACGAAGAGGAGGGUCCACUGGAUUUGCACUAAAGGAAGAUUCUAUGGAUGAUAACUUUUUAGAAAACUCAUUAAACCAAGAAAAAGAAUGGAUAGAUAAAUUUAGGAAUAAACAAUCUUCUGUGUUAAAUCGAAAAGAAUCUAACAAAUCAUCUGAAUAUAGUUUUAGCACUGAAUACAGUUCCGAAUUAGAAGAAGUGUACGAACAAUUUUCCAGAUGGUUGGAAAGUCCAAUGUUAGAAACUGAAAAAGGUACAAAGAGGGAGCUCGAUGCAAGGGAAUUAGCAGUUGUUAGAUUUGCAGGGUCAAUUUUAAAACGCACUUUAAGCGAAUCCUUCGUCGGUGUUCCUGUACCGAUGACGGAGAAUUGUGAUAUACAUUCAUGUUCAAAUGAUGAAUAUUCAACAAGAAAAAACAAAUUAGUUCUUAAUGCCAAAUCGUUAAGUUUAGAAUUAGCAAGACAGAAACACCGACUUGCCGCUCAACUCACCGAUGACAAAUGCUGCGAUACCCAAAGUAGGCCCGUGGCACUAACACUCUGUGAUAAUGAAGACUCAGCUUGUAGUUUAAAAAAGUCUAGAAAUUGGUUUAUUACUUGUGUUACUGAAGCGAUUGUGCAGAAUUUAGAAGAUGUUUCAGUUAGUAUCCGUUUACAGCAAACUGACGAUGAGCUGUCACAAAUAUCCGAGAAACCAAAAAACGGCCUGAAACCCAUAUCCACAGGCAACUGGGGCUGCGGAUCUUCCCACAAAGGUGAUGUCCAGUUAAAAGUCAUCAUACAGUGGAUGGCUGCCAGCGUAGCAGGCGUUCCAGCACUGAUCUACUGCACUUACGGCCAUCAACAGCUAGCCAAAUUAGACACGGUCUGCAGAAUACUGAUCGACAGAAAAUGGACGGUGAGAGACUUGGCAGAAGCGGCUCUUAGGUAUUCGAAUAGGGUUAUACAGGGCAAGGAACUCAGUGGGACUUUGUUUGAGGAGCUGAUCGGUAUGGAGAGAACAGUGUAGGGUUAAAAUGUUAUUUGUUACAAUAAAAAUAUACUUGCGAGAAGUUCUGAGGUACAGAGAAAAUAAAUUAACAAAUAAAAUAAAAAACAAAAACAAGGAAUUGAUAUUGUGUGACUCAGUUAUAGUACGAGAUCCGAAUAGGAGGUCAAAAUGUACCCAUCUGCUUGCCGGAUGAAACAUUUUUUUUAUUAAAUUUUAUACAUAGACAAAUGUUUCUAGCAUGGGUUGCCUAUCAAAAUCGUGUCAUAGCUAUCCUUAAGGGGAGGCCGAAGGGGUUGAAAUCAAUAUUCCAAACAAAUUUUGUUCUUGAAAAUAUGGUAGAUUAUUUUAUUUUUAAAUUAAAUAGGCAUAUUCAAUACAAUUCAUAGAUUACUCAAGGAAAAAUACUGAAAAAUAAGCCAACGGUGGCAAAUUUUUAAAAGACACCUCAAAAUACAAUGAAUCUUGCAGUGGACAUCAGAACUCAUCAUUGAAUCAUGGUAAACAAAAAAUUUAAAAAAAUUUUAUAAGCUUAUGAGUUUCUCGAGGUAACGCUGUCAAGUUUUUGAAGUGAAAACUUCUUUAGGGACGUUGUGCACUUUUUGGACAGGGGAAAAAGCAUUGAAUUCGCGACCGUCAUCGCGACCGUCAUUGCGACCGUCAUCGCUUAUGCUAUAAUAUUAUGUGUAUGUAUAUAUAAAUUGUGUAGAGGUAUUUAAAUUUAAAAUAAAUGUAAAACAUAUUUUAAGAUGGGGAAAAAGGAUUUAUUUCGCGACCGUCAUCGCGACCGUCAUCUCUUUGGCUAAAUAAAUUUUGUACGUAUAUGCAUUAUGUGUAUGUAUAUAAAAAUUGUAUAGAAGUAUUUAAAUUUAAAAUAAAUGUAAAACCUAUUUUUGGAUGGGGAAAAAGGAUUUAUUUGGCGACCGUCAUCGCGACCGUCAUCUCUUCGGCGAAAUAAAUUUUGUACGUAUGUAUAUUAUGUGUAUGUAUAUAUAAAUUGUAUAGAAGUAUUUACAUUUAAAAUAAAUGUAAAACCUAUUUUUUGAUGGGGAAAAAGGAUUUUUUUGGCGACCGUCAUCUCUUCGGCGAAAUAAAUUUUGUACGUAUAUUUAUUAUGUGUAUGUAUAUAUAAAUUGUGUAGAAGUAUUUAAAUUUAAGAUAAAUGUAAAAUCUAUUUUAUGAUGGGGAGAAAGGAUUGAUUUAGCAUCUGUCAUCGCUUCGACGAAAUAAAUUUUGUACGUAUAUUAAUGUACCUACGUAUAAUAAUAGUAAUAUUAUUGAAGUGAACACUUCUUUAAGGGCGUUGUGCACUUUUUAUAUGCGAAAAAAGCAUUAAAUUCGCGACCGUCAUUGCAACCGUCAUCGCUUCGGCGAAAUAAAUGUUGUACGUAUAUGUAUAUUAUUAUAUGUAUGUAUAUAAAUAGUGUAGAAGGCACGCAACGCGUAUAUAAUACUGGUAUAACACCUAUUUUUGGAUGGGGAUCAAGAAUUGAUUUCGCGACCGUUCAUCGUUUAGUCGAAAUAAAUUUUGUAUGUAUAUAUAUUAUCUUCUUCUUCAGCCUGUUAGCAUCCACUCCUGGACAAGGCCUCCCCAUGACUUCUCAAUUCUUCUCUGUUUUGUGCUAUUUGGUGCCAGUUCUCCCCAUUUUUGCCUUGAUGUCGUCUAGUCAUCGUUUUUGUGGUCUUCCUCUACUACGACUGUGCUCGCGUGGUCUCCAACGUAAAAUGUUUCUCGUCCACCUUUCGAUGUUUUGUCGUGUCUCGUGUGCUACCUAGUUUCAUUUCAUUUGCAUUUCAAUUCUUCCAAUUACAUAUUCCACUUUCGUCCUGGUUCACACGUCCUCAUUUUGUAUAUGUUCCCUCAGAGAUACCCUAUCAUAGCUCGUUUGAUCGCCCUCUGUAUCGUUCUCAAUCUAUUGGCUGAUACCUCUGUAAGUGUCAUCGCCUCCAUUCUAUAGGUCAUAAUUGGUAGAAUACAACUGUUGAAUACCCUUUUCUUUAGAUUUAUUGGUAUCUUUUUGUUCUUCAACACAUCACUGAGUCUUGCUACUGCUGCCCAAGUCAUUCAGAUUCUUCUAAUUAUUCCUGCCGCUUGAUUCUGUUUGCCUAGUUUGAUCGUGUGACCUAGAUAUAUAUAUAUAUAUAUAUAUAUAUAUAUAUAUAUAUAUAUAUAUAUAUAUAUAUAUAUAUAUAUAUAUAUAUAUUUCGACACUUUCGAUAUCACUUCCAUCUAAGUCGAUUGUGAUAUAUUGAUUUGUCAUCACUUUUGGUUUAUUUGUUUUUGUCCUCUGUCUAACUUCUCUCUCCGUUCUUAUUCUGCUUGUUGUUAGACCUUCUGAUACAUUUAUUUGCAUACUUGCAUUGUCGUAUAUUAUGUAUUUGAGGAGUAUUCUAUAUCUAGAAUCAACCCUUGCGUUAUUCAUUCCUUCUAAUACGGCCAGAGUUCUAUGGAAUCGAAUGCCUUAUUGUAAUCCACAAAUGCCAAAUGAAGAGGUUCAUUGUAUUCGUUGCACUUUUCGAUAAGUGUUGUUAUUGUCUGUAGGUGUUCUAUGGUACUAUGUCAACAGGCUUGUAACUAUCGAAUUUAUUUGAUAGCCUGUUAGUAAUUAUUUUGGCAAGCAUUCUGUACGGACGUGGCAACAGGCUUAUUGGUUUGAAAUUUUCGCGUUUGUGGUACCUACAUAUUAGGUGUAUGUAUAUAAUAAAUAGCAUAGGAUGCACGCAACGCGUGUAUAAUAUAGGUAUAGAACUUUUUUGGAUUGAGAAAAAGCAUUGAAUUCGCAACCGUCAUUGCUGCGGCGAGAUAUUAGUAAUUUAUAUACUACAGGUUGAAUUGCGUAUGUAUAAGUUCGAAGUUAUAAUGGUUGGAGGAGGGAUAGCGUGUGUACCCUAAGAAGCUUGCGAAGCAAGCGCAUAAGGGGCCACAUGAUCCCUACUCCAAUCAUUAUAAGUGAUUAAUGUUUAAAGUAUUUUUGAAGUGAAAACUUCUGUAGCGAUUUUGUGCAUUUUCUGGAUGGGGAAAAAGCAUUGAAUUCGUGACCUUCAUCGCUUCGCCGAAAUAAAUUCUGUACGUUUAUGUAUUAUGUGUAUGUACAGUGGAACCUCGAUAACUCGGAUUAAUCGGGACCGCGGCCGAUUCGGGUUAGCCGGAGAGCAUGGUAAAAAUUAAUAAAAUACGGUAUACUUAUAGAUAAAGUCCGGUAUAAUUAAAAUAACAUGAAAUAUAUAUGCACAGUACACAUCUAACUUACCUAUAGUUGUAUAGAGUAUAGUACCUGAAAUCCGCCCGCGACUCACUAGUGGGUCGCGACCCACCGGUUGGGAAACGCUGGUAUAGAGUAUUGUUCAUUUCUAGGUAAAAAAACUCAGUCAAUUUCGGUUGUGUCAAUUUCGUCUGCCAUCGGAACAAUGUUAUGUUAUUUAAGAACAGUGGCUCUUUCAUUGUUUAAAAGACCAUUGUUUAAAAAAUGAUUUUUUAAAAGACAGUCGAUUAACAUUAUCUCUCAAAUAUUAUAUUAUGGUCAAAGCGAAGUUUUAGCAAUGAAACUCGAUAUUUUUAAGACAUUCCAGAAGAGGCUACAGAUAAAAUGUUUUAACAUAAUACAUACAUUUUUAUUGUUAAAAUGUUUGUCUGAUGAAAAUCGGUCCGGGUUAUCGGGGGCCGACUUAUCGAGGUUCCACUGUAUAUAUAAAUAGUAUAGGAUGCAACCAAUGCGUAUAUGAUGUAGGAUCACUUCUCUUUGGAUGGGGAAAAAGCAAUGAACUCGCGAUCGUUAUCGACACGGAAGAUAUUAGUAAUUUAUAUACUAUAGGUUAAAUUGCGUAUAAGUUUGGCCGAAGUUAUAAUGGUUGGAGAAGGGAUAGAGUGUGUACCCGAUGGGGCUUGCUUCGUAAGAAGUUUUCACUUCUGUCGGCACUCCCACGAGUGCAUUAAUUUUUUUUAGUUUUAUCUAAUUUUGACUUUUUGAUAUCACUCAGAAACCUAAAGAAAGAUUUUUUUUGCAAAAAGGGUGAAAUUCAACAUAUUUAUCAUUGCUAAACAAAAAAAAAGCAUAAAACAAAAAUAUCUUGACAGCGUUACCUCAAGGAAUGUCUAUAGAAAAUAUAUACAAAAUUCCAGGUGAGAUGGUCAAGCAGUUUUUGAGAUACAAUGUCUACAGCCUGAAAAAAGCAGUUUUGAGAAAAACGCGUUUCAAGUAUUGUCAACUUUUAUUUUCAAUUUCAUUUUUGUCUGUCAAAUGGUAAAGUGAUGCACACCGGAAUAUGAUUUUAAAUCGCGGAGUAAUUUACAAAAGAAAAUAAGAACAGCUGUUGACCGUUUCUCACUACGCUCAAGCGCGUUGGCACGAACUUGCUAUAAAACAAGUCGAAGGUAGGGAGGCAGGGAGGUAAUAUUAAAUAGCCCUAGCUUCCACUCGAUUUGCAGCAGGUUCGCGCCAGCACGCUUGAACGUAGUGAAUAACGGUCAACAGCUGUUUUUAUUUUCUUUUGUAAAUUACUCCGCGAUUCAAAAAGAUAUUCCAGUGUGCAUCAUUUUACGAUUUGAAAGACAAAAAAGAAAUUGAAAAUAAAAGUUGACAAUACUUUAAACACGUUUUCCUCAAAACUCCUUUUUUCAAAGGCUGUAGACAUUGUAACUAAAAAACUACCUGACCGAACCACUUGGAAUUUUGUAUAUAUUUUCUUUAGACAUUCCUUGAGGUAAAGCUGUCUAAAUAUUUUUUGUUGUAUGCUUAUUUUUCAUUUAACAAUAAUAAAUAUGUUAAUUUUCACCCUUUUUACAAAAAAAAAUUCGUUGGUUUGACUUCUGAGUGGUAUCAAAAAGUCAAAAUUAGAUAAAACUAAAAAAAAACUUGACAGCAUUACCUUGAGAAACUCAUAAGCUAAUAAAAUCUUUUUGAAUUUUUUGUUUACCAUGAUUCAAUGAUGAGUUCUGAUGUCCACCUUGGCUUAUUUUUCAGUAUUUUUCCUUGAAUUUUUUUGAGUAAUCUAUGAAUUGUACUGAAUAUGCCUAUUUAAUUUAAAAAUAAAAUAAUUCUACCAUACUUUCAAAAAAACCUCCGUUUGGAAUAUUGAUUUCAACCCCUUCGGCUCCCCCUUAAGGAUAGCUAUGACACGAUUUUGAUAGGCAACCCAUGCUAGAAAUAUUUGUCUCUGUAUGAAAUUUAACAAAAAAGAAUGUUUCAUCCGGCAAGCAGAUGGGUACAUUUUGACCUCCUAUUCGGAUCUUAGACUAUUAUAGAAAUCCACAAGGAAAAUGAUUUCCUGUAGCUGCUGUAUACCAUUUAUCACAAAAAAUUCUAUUCAAUAAAAUCCUUUAUAAAAGGUACAGGCGAUUUAUUAAUUAAAAGUCCCUUAAAGGGCCACAUCAGAACGUUUUCGAUUUGAAAAGACCAUCAUCAGUGCUGAACAGGAUGCGAACAUGCUAAGCCACCAAAAUUAAAAAAUAUUAGAGUAAAAAUCCUUUAAAAAUAUUAUAAUUAUAAGAAAAUUUACACUGUCGAGUUUAAAUAACAUUGAUGGUUGAAAUAAUUGUCCUAGAUUUAGCAUUAGUCAUCAUCUGACUCCCCAUGUGGGUUGAACACCUUAUGUCCUCACAUUACAGACGGUAGUUAACAACUGAACUGAGUUGAACAUUGAAGAGCUGAAAUUUUCUAUAUUUCAUUCAUAAAAUUAAUUAAUCUGAAUGAGUAAAAUUAUCUCUGUACCUUCAGAUGUAAUAGUUUGCCAGUGAAUUUCAAAUUUGUAUAUUUUUGUACAUUUUCGAUUUCAUUUAUUUAUACAAAACAUAAUACAGGGUGAAAUACAUAAGUUCCAGUUCAAAUUUAUUUAGAAUUUUUUACUGUUAACAAAGAUGAUGAAGAACUAUAGUCGGUCUUUAAAUGCAUUAUUUAUUGACAUUUGAAAAAUACCUAAUUUUUUUAUUUUACUUUUUUAUGUGGCAUGAAAAAAUACACAUGCAACCCUUAGUUUUCACCCUUAUAUCUCCAACCCCUAUUUUUUAAUAGCCAUAUUAGUAAUUUAAGCAUUUUUAACCAUGGUCUAUAAUUGAUAACGCAUAAAAUUGCAGUAUCUGGCAAUGGACUCCCUGCUGCAGUCGAUUGCAAGGUAAAGUCAAAGGGAAGCAAGGAUCCGGUAGAAGGAAAAUAUCAUGGCUGCGGAAUUUGAGAGCAUGGAUUAAGAAGACCUCAACGGAACUGUUUGGAGCCGCAGCGAGCAAGGUUAUGAUUGCCAAUAUGAUUUCCAUCAUCCGAAACGGAUAGGAACCAGAAGAAGAUAAAUUGAUCAAUUAUCACUAGAUCAGUUGUCUCCACCAGACGUCUACCGGUGUCACUUGUCACCCAGUAAAUAGCAUUAUUAUUGUUUAUGCAUGGAGCGUAAUAGUGACACUUUUUUUAUUUAUUAGCCACACCUGUUAUUUCAAAUUACUUUUCUAGAUUGUCAAGAAAGAAUCAAUAAAUUUUAACUUUCUUUCAUAUAAAAUUAUAUUGGGAAUGAAUUCCGCAGCUUGAUAACUAUGAAAUAAUAAUUUUUUGUCAUAAAAAUUGAAUAAGUUGUUUACCUCCAGUAAAAGUAGCCCCUUUUGAUAGUCGUACAUGUAAAUCACCCUGUAUAUGUUCAAAUAGCCAGUGCCUGUACUCAAGAGUCAGAAAUAAGCACGGUCUUCCCACUUUUAUAUGAAUAUUUUUGGAAGUAAGAAUCUGCCUUAAAAUUGAGAAAGAUGUGAAUUUUAAGUAGGUACCUAAAUCGCUGUAAUGACCAAUUGAAACAAAAAAUACAAUCCAUUUACUACACUCAUCAGUUUUAAUGUUUAAUAUUACUAAAAUCACUGUUUCAACAUCAUUACAAGUGCUCAGAGUUUUCCAGAUUUUAAUUACUUUUAAAACCCUUUCAAAACAUUCAGAAAUACCUUUAGUCUAGGGGAAAUGGAGGAGGGGGGUUUCGUGGCUGAUUGGGCUCCAUGAGAUUUUACAACAGAUUUUUAUGUAUUUUGACCCGUUAAAUCCGAAUCGUCAACAUGAUAAUUCAAAUUUUUGGGCAGGAAUAUUUUUAUUAAGAAUCUAAUUGGUCAAAUGCUUAUACCUAAGGAACUAAUAAAGAUAUACCUUUUUUCUAAAGCAUGUGUAAUGUAAUAUAUAAAGGAAAAGAUUCCUCUCAUUGGCUGUAUACCAUAAUAAAAAACUUACUAAGGAAGUAUAACGUCACUUGUAGGUAGAUGGUAUAUAAAUCUAUUAAAAUUGUUAUCUAAAAUGAUCCAAAUUGGAUUGAAGUGGGUACAUCUAUAGUACAAAAAACACACAAACGUUUUCGGACCAAUCAGUCCAUCA